AUGUCCCAUCAGACCCCUCUGGGCUCCUCAGGGCCACAAGCCAGCUGCCUGGACCUGUGGAGGGAGAAGAACGACCAGCUAGUUCGACAGGCCAAGGUGGCUGAGGACUUGGGCCUGUCACCCAGGCGACAGAAGUUGGCUCAAGAUGCGCUGGAAGGGCUCAGAGGACUCCUCCACAGUCUGCAGGGACUCCCUGCAGCUGUUCUUGUUCUCCCCUUGGAACUGACGGUCAUCUGCAACUUCAUUACCCUGAGGGCCAGCCUGGCCCAGGGCUUCACUGAGGACCAGGCACAGGAUAUCCAAAGGGGCCUGGAGAGAGUGCUGGAGACCCAGAAACAGGUGGGGCCCAAGCUAGAAUGUGGGCUCGGGCUCAGGGGCCUGUGGAAUUCCGUCCUCCAUGCUGCCUCCCUUCCGCCGGAGCUGCUCCCUGCCCUGCACCACCUGGCUGGCCUGCAGGUCGCCCUUUGGCUGAGCACGGACCAUCUUGGGGACCUGACCUUGCUGCUGCAGACCCUGAAUGGCAGCCAGAAUGGGUCCUCUGAGGAUCUGCUGCUCCAUCUAAAAACUUGGAGCCCCCCAGCUAAGGAACCAGAUGACCCACUGACCCUGCAGGAUGCCCAAGGCUUGAGGGAUGUCCUUCUGACAGCAUUUGCCUACCGCCAAGGCCUCCAGGAGCUGAUUGCAGGAAACCUGCCCAGGGCACUGAGCAGCCUGCAUGAAGCAGCCUCAGGUCUAUGCCCACGGGCUGUGUUGGUCCAGGUGUACACAGCGCUGGGGACCUGUCUCCGAAAGAUGGGCAACCCACAGAGAGCUAUGCUAUACUUGAUCACAGCCCUGAAGGGGGGAUUAAUCUGUGGUCCCCCGCUUCUGGAGGCCUCUAGGCUGUAUCAGCAACUGGGGAACACAGCAGCAGAGCUGGAGAGUCUGGAGCUUCUGGUUGAGGCCCUGAGUGUCACUCCUAGCUCUGAAGCCCCCCGUUUUCUUAUUGAGGUAGAGCUGCUACUUCCACAACCUGACCCAGCCUCCCCCCUUCGCUGUGGCACACUGAGCCAGGUCAGACACCUGCUAGCAAGCCGAUGUCUGCAGACGGGAAGGACAGAGGAUGCUGCAGAGCAUUACUUGGACCUACUGGCCCUGUUGUUGGAUGGCUGGGAGCCAAAGUUUUCUCGACUCCCCUGCCCUCAAGGGCUGUGCAUGCCUGAGAUAUUCUUGGAGGCAGCAGCAGCACUGAUCCAGGCAGGCCAAGCUCAGGAUGCUUUAACCGUAUGUGAGGAGCUGCUGCGCCGUACAUCAUUUCUGCUUCCAAAAAUGCCCUGGCUGUGGAAAGAUGCCAGAAAAGGAACCAAGGAGUCACCACACUGCCCACCCUGGGUCUCUGCCGCCUACUUGCUUCAGGGACAAGCCUGGGUACAACUAGGAGACCCGAAACAAGCAAUUAGUGAAUUUAGCCGGUGCCUUGAGCUGCUCUUCCGGUGCAUACCUAAGGAUAAAGAACAAGGGCCUGCUUCCAACUGUGAACAGGGGUGGUGUAUGUCAGACGAGGCACUACAACAGCUUCGGGCAGCUGCCCUGAUUAGUCGUGGACUGGAAUGGGUGGCCAGUGGCCAGGAUACCAAGGCACUACAGGACUUCCUCCUCGGUGUGCAGGUGUGUCCAGGUAAUGGAGAUGCUUCACUUCACCUGCUUCAGACUCUGAGGAGACUGGGUCGGAGGGAUGAGGCCACUGCUCUUUGGCGGAAGCUGGAGGCCCAAACUAAGUUGCCACAGGAGAACGCUACAUGGUCUCUCCCCCUGUACCUUGAAACCUGUUUGAGCUGGAUUCGUCCUCCUGACCAUGAAACCCUUCUUGAAGAUUUUCGGACAUCUCUGCUGGAGCCUUUCUCAGCGCAGCGUCUGUAG